AUGACGAAUGUUACUACUUAUCGUACAUCGUUAUCAUCAAUAAGUUCUUCUACAAAUACAAUUUAUUUAUUUUUAAUAUUUAUUUCAUUUGUUUGGAAUGCUUAUAAUACAUAUCAACAUCAAAUUUUAAUUGACAAGCAAUUAAAAUUAGAAAAUACUCUUGCAGAAAUAUUACCUUUGACAUCUUCAUUAUCAUCUUUUAAUCAUAUACAACCAGCAACAACAACAACAAAAUCAUCAAUUGAACAAUGGUUUGCAAAAGUUCUUCAUUUCAUUCAAGAAUUAACAUCAAAAAAUAUGACAAACAAUAGCAACAGUAAUAUUAUUGCCAAGCCAUAUAGGAAUGUAGCACGUCAACGACGACAGGUUCAAGAAUCACAACAAUCUAAUUGUUUAUGUCCUCCAGGUCCUAAAGGCGAAAAAGGCGAUCGUGGUUUUGCUGGAUUUCCGGGUGAAAUGGGACCUAAAGGUGAACGAGGUUUUCCAGGUUCAAUAGUUUGGAAUGGUUUGAAAGGUGAAAAAGGUGAAUCAGGACGCGAUGUAGAACCGGGUCGUUCAGGAAUGUCAUCAUUAUCGUCAUCUCAAGUCAAGUACAUUCCAGGUCCACCCGGUCCACCUGGUCCAUCAGGACCUAAAGGUGAUAUGGGUCCAUCUGGGCGUCAUGGCAUGGGUGAAACUGGACCACCUGGACAAGAUGGUGAAAAAGGCGAUCGAGGACCUAUAAUUCGACCAAAAGUACGCAGAUUUGUCGUCAUGAAAGGUGAUCCAGGACCACCAGGAAUUAAAGGAGAACGUGGUGAUUUUGUUGUUGGACCUAAAGGUGAUCGUGGUGCUCCUGGUUUACCCGGAAGUCCAGGAAUACCAGGACAAAAUGGUCUUGAUGGUUCAGAUGGACUAAGAGGUGAAAUGGGUUUUCAAGGACCACCGGGAAGAAAAGGAGACCGUGGUGUAAAAGGUGAACCAGGGUUUAUUCAGAAAAUUGAUUUCAAUUCAACACAUGUCGUCUUAAUGGGUCCACCAGGUCUUCCAGGGCCAAAAGGAAGAAUUGGUCUUCCUGGCCAACCAGGAUUAGAUGGAGAAAAAGGAGAUCGAGGAGAUCCUGGUCCACUGGGUGAAAAAGGUGAUCAAGGCAAAGGAGAAAAAGGAGAUCGUGGUCCAAUGGGUUUGCCUGGUUAUUCAAUGAAUAUGCCUGACAUGCCUAAAAAACGUUCAGCGGGUAAUCGAGGUGAACAAGGUUUACGAGGUCCACCGGGAGAAAAAGGAGAAAAAGGUGAAGAAGGUCGAGAAGGACGACGAGGUUUACGUGGUCGACCAGGUUUACCUGGUCCCGCUGGAAUGGAUGCAUUACCAUGUCCACGUGAACUUUUAUCUAAUUUUGAAAAUGCAUGUCAUUUAUGUUGUAAAAAUCCAUAA